ACUACACAGAGAGGCAGAGGUUUCCAAGACUCACAGUUGAAUUCUUGAAUGUUUAUUAUUACAUCUUACUAAGCUUCAAAUAGAGUAAAGACGGAGCAGAGCCACACAGAUCGCUUCGUCUUUGCUGUUCCAACUGGUUUCUGAUCAGUCUGGAAGAAUGGAUUUUUAUCAAGCUGGUGUUCAUCAGGAAAUACAGGUUUGACAGGAUGAAGCAGCUGUAGAUCUGUUCUUAACGCCAAGCUUAAAAGAGUCCCGUUCGCGUGAUGUUGAUUAAACAUCAUGAAUAUCCUUCCUGCUCUGCCAUUCUCUGAGUCGCUGUGUUGAGUCGAUGACACAAUGCCUGACAAUUCCACCAGUGGGAAUAUGUGUUCUGGCAUGCCAGGUCAGCUCCUGAACCUGCUGAAUGCUAGUCUCAUAGGGGCCCUCUCCUUCACCAUCUUUCUGCUCGCACUGCUGGGGGUCAUAUGGUUCAGAAAAUAUCGUUCUUUGGUCCAGACAAUUCGAAGGCUGCAGAGGGGUAAGACGUUGCAGCCUGAUCCUCCGCUGCAACCUCCCAUCAUGCCUAUGAGGCCGGUCCCAGUCCCAGCAGUCGUACAGGAGGAAGAGGAGGAGCCUCCUCCACCAUCCUCCCAUCGGCAGAGCAGCACAGUCAGGUCCUCCUCCAGGAGGCUGUGGAAAGGCCUUCAGCAGGUUCCUCGUUUUACCAAGUCAGACCUGAAUCUGCUGCAGCUGAUCAAAGCAGGGAAGGAGGGUGUCUUCUUCCAGGCCAGGAUGACCAGAGGGACUUGUAAAGGCCACAGCUUAUUCACCUGCAAGAUCACCAAGGAAGAUGUCCGUCUCAAGCAUGUGGAGAUGGAGGUUUCCAUCAUGAGGAAACUGGUGCACCACAAGAACAUCCUCCAGUUACUGGACUGGAACACCACUGAGGAGCCUUACAUUCUGAUCAUGGAGUACGUGAGCUACGGCACACUGAGGAGCUUCUUGCAAACCAACAAGGGCCACCUGAGUGCAGAUCCUGAGCUGCAGAGCCUCCUCACCAUCGCCUCCUACCACAUUGCUCUUGCUAUGCAACACUUGCGCUCCAAAAUGAUUGUGCACUGUGACUUGGCUCUGAGGAACAUCAUGGUCAAUAAGUUUCCCUGGGAGGUGAAAGUGGCAGAGUUCGGCCUGGCUCGAGACUUAACCCGCAUGAAAAGCCGCCGCAGCAGCCGCUGGAGGAACCCAAGGCAGCGUGUGCCGCUGCGCUGGUACCCACCCGAGUACUUCAAGAACAACUAUUACAGCUUCAAGGGAGACGUGUGGGCAUUUGGCAUCGUGCUGUGGGAGAUGCAGACAUUUGGUACACUGCCAUAUCCAAACCUGGAGACAUCAGAGGCAGUGGUGUACCACAUCUGUAUUGGUCAUAAGAACACAAACCCUGAAGGCUGCAGACCAGAGAUUCUUCACAUCAUGCGAGAUUGUUGGUCGGAGCCACACACUCUGAGACCCUCGUUCACAGACGUUGUCCACAUGCUGGAGAAUAUCAUUGAAAAUGAUGCGGAUUAUGUGGAUGUUGUGAGUCCAUCAUUUUUGGUGAAAGAUGAGGCUGAAUAUCAUGAAGCUAAAUGUCCACAAGCAGCCAGCGUCACCUUUGAAGAGACAAGUUCUCUCUAAAUAAAUUUACCAAGGGAUCAAUUCAAUCAACAUUCUGAGCAUUUGUGUAUAUUUAAAAUAUUGCACAACUUUUUAGGCUACAAUUUCAACAACUCCACAGAAAGGAAAAAUAAAUACAAAAUGGAAACUAGUCUAACAUCGCGUGGAUGGUAAAACGAUGAAUUUAUGUUCCUGUCACUGUAAAUUAGUAGAUCAGUCAUGUUUUGAGUUUCUACUUUAAGUUUGGUUUUCUUUAUUUUUAAUCCAUCUUUCAUUCAUCUUUAUACGUGCUGUGCAUUAUUCAUUUUUUUUCUAGAGCAGCAAAAAACUCAUAUACAUGUUUACUUUCUAAAAUAAAUUGCAUGUGUUUUUUAAGAAUCAUU